AUGGCAUUGGGCAUCAAACAGUUUAUUAAUGUCGGCGGUAUUGUGCGCGAUUUAAAGAGCUUCAAUUUUAGCGUUUACGGGCAAUGGUUCGGAUACAUUAACAUUAUACUGUGCCUCGCCCUGGGGAUUGCCAACCUGUUCCACGUGAGCGCGGUGAUCAUCUUUGGCAUCAUCGCCAUAAUACAAGGGCUGGUUAUAUUGUUCAUAGAAAUUCCGUUUCUGUUGAAAAUCUGUCCUCUUAGCGACAAUUUCAUUGAGUUCAUCAAAAGGUUCGCUACAAACGGCAAACGGGCGUUGUUUUACUUGGCAAUGGCUGCCGUGCAGUACUGUUCGAUGGCCGUGAUGGUCACGAGUCUGGUGGUCAUCGCAGCAGGUUUCACAGUGUCGUCUCUCAGCUAUACGAUUGCGUAUUUCAAGCACCAGCAGUUCCAAAGCACCAGUGUGAUCAAAAACCCAGCGGAUGACGAUUUCCCUCACGAAGCGGUUGUCCGCGAGAUGCUGUAG